AUGGAAACGAUCAGGGAAAUCGUGAAAUCAUGCUGUAACUUGUGCUGCUGCUGUUGUACCUACUCAGAAUCGUAUGUCUCCCUCAAUGGGAGGCGGUACAACAUUAAGAGACUUUUGGGAGAAAGCAGUCUGUCGUUCGUGUACCUAGUUCAGCAAUCGGGCGGGACCAGUAGCGGUGGUGCUAUCAGCCUUGGGCCUGUUCGAGAGCUUUAUGCCCUUAAGAGGAUAAGAUGUCCUUUCGGUAACGUCGAGAGCAUAUCGAAUGCGAUGAGGGAGGUGGAGAAUUACAGGAGGUUUCAGAGCCCGUAUAUCAUUGCCCUGAUAGAUUCCCAGGUCGCUCAGGAGAAGGAUGGAUCCAAGACAGUGAGCAUACUUUUACCUUUUUUCCCGCUGGGCUCCCUCCAGGACAGCAUAGACCGCAACCUGCUCAAGAGCACCUUUAUAUCCGAGAGCGAGUGUCUGAGGAUCAUGAUGGGCAUUGCCAGAGGUCUGCGUUGUCUGCACGACCCAGCCGCGAGAGAGCAGACCGGUAGCGAUGCGGAGACGGCACAGGACACUGUAUCUAUGUCCUACAGUGAGGAGGCGGCGUUGCUGCUUGACGACACGCCGCUCGAGCUCGACAUCCUGUCGUCUCAGAACACUGUUGCGACGAAAUCAUACAUCCACAGAGACAUCAGGCCUUCCAACAUUCUGUUUUCCGCAGAAGGUCUCCCGAUCAUAUCCGAUCUAGGUUCAUGUUGCAAGGCGGAUAUCAAGGUUACGACAAGACACCAGCUCAGCGAGCUGCAAGAAUGGGUCACUGAUAACUGUGCAAUGCCCUAUACAGCACCCGAACUGCUCAAUAUUACGCUCAACAGCUCCGUCAGCUGCAGGGCAGAUAUUUGGUCACUGGGUUGCACAUGCUACACUAUGCUUUUUGGCAUAUCGCCGUUCGAGCGCGAGUUGCAAGUUAGUGGAGUGUCUCUGGUUUAUGCAGCUUGCAAUGCCAAAUUCAGCUUCCCACAACAGACAAGAUACUCAGAUGGCCUGAUUCAAAUGAUAAAGUCCUGUAUUCAGGUUGAUCCAGCCGCUCGUCCAGACAUAAACGAGCUUCUUAGCACGUUGCAAGAUCUGCAGACCUCGUCGUGA